GUAGGAGUCUUGCAUUUAGGAAAUCAUUCGUGCGAGAAGAAAAGGUGGCGAACGGGACUGCGGGAAUGUUGUGACUGCCAGUGGCCCGGGGAUAUUGACCUGAUUUGUUGACUGAGGCACCGAUGCUGCCUGUGCGGCGUAGCCUGGUGAUAUAGAGCAGGGCUCGCCUGGAUCUUCUGACUGUUAUUUCCAAAGACAAAUCAACACAGCCCAAGACAAAGGAAGCUGAGAUGGGAAGAUUCCGGAGGAAGACCUGCAUCGCCCUAUCGCUCUUCACACUCUUCAUUUUCGGGACUCUGGUAGGUUUGAAGACUCUGAAACCGAGCGAUGGGUUUGGCGACCCUGGCCCCAGACUCCGCUUGAUGCCCUUGCCGGAGACGCUGGACACCAGGCGGCCCACCUCGGUCAAAGCCAUCCUGAUGCUGCCUCCCACCGUCACCAAAGCGAGCGCCACCCACCUGGAUCCCUACCCCGCCGCCAACUACGACCUCCACAUAUUUUACUACGGCUGGUAUGGCAAUCCGCAGUUCGACGGCAGGUUCGUGCACUGGGAUCACCCGCUGGUGCCUCACUGGGACCCUAAAGUGGCCGCGGGAUACCCGAAGGGCAGGCACAGCCCUCCCGAGGACAUCGGCUCCAGCUUCUACCCUGAAUUAGGACCCUACAGCUCCAGGGACCCCCAGCUCAUACAGGAACACAUGAAGCAGCUCCGAGCUGCAGCCGUAGGGGUGUUAGUAUUGUCCUGGUAUCCUUCUGGAUUAGAAGAUGACUACAGUGAGCCAGUGGAUGACCUGGUACCUGCCAUACUGGAUGCUGCAGAAAGAUACAGUUUAAAGGUGGCAUUUCAUAUCUUGCCGUACACAGGACGCAAUGAGCGAUCGCUGUAUGAGAAUAUCAAAUACAUUGUGGACAAAUAUGGGUCCCAUUCAGCCUUUUACAACUACAGGACCAGCACUGGCAGAUUACUACCCAUGUUUUACAUCUAUGACUCCUAUCUGACCCUCCCAGCUGCCUGGGCCAAUCUCCUCACCCCCUCAGGGUCUUCCAGUAUUCGCAAUACACAGUACGAUGGCAUAUUCAUUGGGCUGUUAGUGGAGGAAAAGCACAAACAGGACAUCCUGGAAUCGGGAUUUGAUGGAUUAUAUACUUACUUUGCAUCCAAUGGAUUCUCAUUUGGAUCAUCCCACCAAAACUGGAAGACCAUCAAGACUUUCUGUGAUAGCAACAACCUGAUGUUCAUUCCGAGCGUGGGGCCAGGGUACAUAGACACUAGGAUACGUCCAUGGAAUAAUCACAACACAAGGAAUCGGGUCAGCGGGAAGUACUAUGAAACUGCCCUUCAUGCAGCUCUUACAGUGAGGCCAGAGAUCAUCUCCAUCACAUCUUUCAAUGAAUGGCAUGAGGGCACACAGAUAGAGAAGGCAGUGCCAAAGAAAACUGCACAGUAUACCUACUUGGACUACCAGCCACACGAGCCGAACCUGUAUUUGGAGCUAACCCAAAAAUGGGCCGAACACUUUUGCAAAGAGAAAGAACAAUGGCUGAUGUAAAGCACUUGCAACUGAACUUUGGCUUUUGAUUUUAUUUUAAUAAAUUUACUACAAGCCUUUUCCAAUUAAUGGAGUUUACAGAAUAUGCCUUUAGCAGCUCCAUGUACCCAAUGUCCAUGUUCCAGUUCUGGAGCUGAAAGUUUGUGUUGACAGAGACAAACAAGCACAUCCCCUGAGACUAUUUAACAGCAUACUAUUCAAGUCCAGGCUAAGAUUCUGGACUGAGGUAAUAUUCUAUCUGAAAUAUGUUGGAGCCCACUCAUCUAUUCAGCUGUUGGUCAAGUUCUCUCUUCUAUACCCAUUCCAUCUAACCCUCUUCUGCAAAAAAAGAUGCAAUAUUUAUUUCUCCCAGAAGACUUCCACACAAUUGCUGCAAGUAUUUUCUAUAGGGAAUUAAUGCCAAAAUGAAUUAAUUCUGAUUUGGGUUGUCAGAUGAGGUAAGGCGCACUCUAUCCAGAGUUGUGGAACACAAGUCUUUGUGUCAAGUAGACGCUGAGGUAGUGCAUGUCCUAACUGGUUACCCUGCGUUUCUAUAAUCAGUGUCAAACUGAGGUUUUAAUGAGUAUCAAAGUCCAAGGUUUGUUUGAAAUUCCAGCCAAGCAGACAAACAGGAAGUGUUCUAGGACUUAUUUGAUACUUUUAUUUCAUAUGUUUGGGAGUUAAUGCAAACUGCACUGACCAAACAAUUCAACUGUUGGAAUGAAGAACGGGAUGUUCGAAUGCCAUCUUUCAUUCUGAAGGGCAGUUCUUCACUCAGUGCUGACACACUUCAUUUCUGUUUGAUUUUGCAGCAAUGAAACAAAACUGCAUUCAAUAUAUAACUCAGUUUUGCAUCCAGUUUGAGAGGGCAAUCCUGAGGUUCCAGGUAGCAACUGCUGUUAACUUUAUCUGGUUUGUUUCCUGUCUUAAUACAUAUAGGAGAACAAUCUGUAAGAUUUAAACCCACGGUUCACCACUCACUCUGGACAAUAAGAAGGGUGGAGAGGACAGGAAAUAAAGAGAAAGAAAACUAACCAACUUCAACUUAUUGGCUGUUCCUGAAAAUCUUGUAAUAGCUUUUAAUACAAAAACAUCCUGAAAAUAUCAUGAGUAGCUUAAAUACUGGUUAAUAGGCAAUGAAGUAGUAAAUACAAAACAAAUUGCAGUUUAUAUAGUUAUCUACAUAACUGUUCUUGAGCCAAGUUAGGGUGCUCAGAGUUCGGAAGGUCCUACCCUAAAGGUUAGCUGAAGAGAUGACAAAAAAAUUAUUGAGCAUUGUUGCAAUUACUUAUAACUGGAGAGAGCUGUGAGAGAUAAUAUUUACAAGCAAAUGUUUAGGCACAAGUAAAUAAUCACAGCUACAAUCUUGUUGUAUGCAAUUUCAGAAUCAUUGUACCUGUUUCCAGAAAAGUUAGCCACUCACGUGGUUCAUUGAGGAUCCAGAUAUGGACAAUUGCAUCUGAG